CGCAAUGUGACGUGACAAACCUGGCAAGAACUAGAUGCUUCUUUCAGAUCGUGCUCCUCUAAGGGUGAGGUGGACACCAGAACGCAUUUACGAUAGUCCAUUCACGAAGUCAUUCUGAGCGAUAAGCUGAACACUUUAAAGGACAGCUGGCCUGCUCCAGCACAACCUCCUGAAGAACCCAACGAGCCUUAACGAAUUUCAACAGCAGCCACUCUCAACUAUAGAAAUCCAGCGUGAAAUGUCAUUCCUCCGACGCACCAGCAUAUCCCGCCCGGAUGUCCUGUACUCCGUACUUAAAGGCGAUGAAGCCCUGAUGAGUAGUAUGAAGACCUUACCGAGGAGGAUUUUGAAGGAAAACGAAGAAACGAAGUCCCAUAAGAGGACAAGGUAUCGAGGAAUCACCCUAGUAACCGUGGCAUCCAAGGUGCUGUCUGGAAUUAUUUUACACAGGUUGAUCGAUUAUCAGGAGAGAUAAAACCACAUUUUAUCUAAUUCAGUCAGAUCCUGAUCGGCGUUCAACGAAUUGGUCAGAUGAACUAAACGACCCCUUAUGUGCUCAUAGUCCCAUGGGGGGGGGUAUGCGUACUUACUGUGAAUGACCAAUGUGCAUCUGGCAAGCACUGUAGCUAAUGGUGUUGAAGUUAUGUACUACCCAUGCCCGCGUCCUAAAUCUAUCAUUUUGCUGGUUUACCCUAUGUUGGAUAAUAGUUUUCUGAUUCACUUUUCUGAGUACACUUCAUUUCUCAUUAAGAUCGGUGUGCACGGAAUCCGGAUCGAGUUUGUAAACGAGAAGGGUUACCACCGUACGGCCACAUACCUUCCUGAAGUUGCCCACAAACAAGGUUGGAAUCAUUUGGAGACCAUUGACUCGCUACUACGGAAAGGCGGUUAUCGUGGACCGAUCAGCGAGUCACUCCGUCAGUCCAUCCGUUUGACGCGAUAUCGCAGUGAGAAGCUAAGCGUUCCCGCAACGGAGUACCUACGUGCUCGACAGAACGGCUAUAUUGUGUAAUGAUUCUUCUUACUCAGCACCACGAUCUUCAAGUCUCAAUUGAGGACAUGUUUGAUGCCGUACUCUUCGGGUUGUUCUCUUCGGUCUGCGGGAAACGUGCAUAUCCCACAUUUUUGCACACGACAAUGAUGCAGUAAACGGCAAAUAGGCCUUAUUUUCUUCCAAAUACCCGUCUCCGUUUUGUUCAAGCUACCGAUUCGGCACACGACACCCCAUACAGUGAACGUGUUCACCUACCACGACCGCUCCUCACCCCCUUCUCCAAUUGACUUAUCUGUUCCAAACUGAGCUUUCGUUUGUGCCUACGUCUGUACAGGACAGCGCACAGAACAGCAGUUUAUUCAGGGACUAGAACAGUGAUUGUUGCUCUUGUUUCAUGCCGGUUCACGAUCUUUGAUCGACCGGGUUUUCUAAUCCCUCGUCUCCGCUUCGUCUGAUUGUUAUUGCAGCCAAGGUCGAGAUAUAGGCCCUUCCUCCGAAAUCUUGCUAUUUGCUCGACUCCUUUCUUUGUCGAUGGUCUAUUGAACCCACACACACACACACACACCACCGCUAGCAUCACUGUGUUUGCCUUUUCACACUAGUAAAUCUUCAAAUUCUCCAUGUCACACCGUGUGUGGCAACUGGUCAUUCCGUCUUUCGGAGAUUAUCCGGUCGUUAACCGGUUUUCUCUUGCUAGUCAGUCAGUCAAUCAGUAAAUCUAUCAGCUUGUAUUGACAUGGUUGGGAAUUGUUCCUACGAACGCAGGAAAAAUAAACUUGCUCCGAGCAGCAGUCGUUAUCAUUGCACAAAAAUUGUUGUGCUACAUGUUUGUCCUGAGGUUUGAUCCCAUGGACCACCUUUAUUUGUGUGAACGUGCAUAAAACUGUUUUUGACUUGAUACGUUUGUGCUUGGAACUACCGUUUCUAGUAUCUUUCUCUCCCGGCCUAUAUACAAGAACGAAG